GAAAACCCGAGGCGGCUUCCGGGUCUGCCCGGCCUUUGUCUCUAGUGUCCGCACGUGCGUGGCGCGGUCAGUAGCCGGCGCUUCUCCUUCGCUCCUGGGGGUUCAGGAGGCUCUGCCGCAGCCUGGGUCCUCCUGUGACCUGCGUGUACUGGCGGAUUCGCAGGGAGGAUGUCGGGACACCCCGGAAGCUGGGAAAUGAUUUCCAGUGCUUUCAGUCUCAUCCAUCCUCUACAAAAAUGUGAAAUGUUUUAGAACUCGGUUGCCUUUGAGGAUGUGGCUGUGAACUUCACCCAGGAGGAGUGGGCUUUGUUGGAUCCUUCCCAGAAGAAUCUCUAUAGAGAUGUGAUGCAGGAAACCUUCAGGAAUCUGGCUUCCAUAGGAAACAAAGGGAAAGACCAGAGCAUUGAAGAUCAGUACAAAAAUUCUUCAAGAAAUCUAAGUUCAUUUCAGAUGCAUCAGAGAAAUCACACUGGAGAGAAACCCUAUGAAUGUAUGGAAUGUGGGAAAGCCUUAGGUUUUUCCCGUUCUCUUAAUAGACAUAAAAGGAUUCACACUGGAGAAAAACGCUAUGAAUGUAAGCAGUGUGGGAAAGCCUUCAGUCGUUCCAGUCACCUUCGAGACCAUGAGAGGACUCACACUGGAGAGAAACCCUAUGAAUGUCAGCACUGUGGGAAAACCUUCCGUUAUUCCAAUUGCCUUCACUACCAUGAGAGAACUCACACUGGAGAGAAACCGUACGUGUGCCUGGAAUGUGGCAAAGCGUUCAGUUGUCUCAGUUCCUUGCAAGGACAUAUAAAGGCUCAUGCUGGUGAAGAACCCUAUCCAUGUAAGCAAUGUGGGAAAGCCUUCAGAUAUGCCAGUUCCCUUCAGAAACAUGAGAAAACUCAUAUUGCACAGAAACCCUAUGUAUGUAACAGUUGUGGUAAAGGCUUCAGAUGUUCCAGUUCCCUUCGUGACCAUGAAAGGACUCAUACUGGAGAGAAACCCUAUGAAUGUCAGAAAUGUGGUAAAGCCUUUAGUCGUGCUAGUACUCUUUGGAAGCAUAAAAAAACUCAUACUGGAGAAAAGCCCUAUAAAUGUAAAAAAAUAUAAAGGCUUUAAUCACUACAA